UUCAGUUUUUCUCACGGUCGAGCAGGGAGAGUGUGUGAUUGUACAGUGAGGAAGAGGAGGAAGAAGAAGAUGGCGCAGAAGCCCACUAUCCUUGUCUCUGAGAAGCUUGGGGAGUCCGGUCUUGAGCUGCUCAGGAGCUUCGGCAACGUCGACUGCUCCUACGGUCUCUCUAAGGAGGAUCUCUGCGCCAAGAUCUCCUCCUGCGAUGCUCUUAUAGUCCGCAGCGGGACCAAGGUCACCCGGGAGGUGUUCCAGGCCGCCCAGGGAAGACUGAAGGUCGUGGGAAGGGCCGGCGUCGGCAUUGACAAUGUCGAUCUGCAAGCGGCCACGGAAUGCGGCUGCCUUGUCGUCAAUGCCCCCACCGCCAACACUGUGGCUGCUGCCGAGCAUGGUAUUGCCCUCAUGGCCGCCAUGGCCAGAAACAUUGCCCAGGCUGACGCCUCCGUGAAAGCUGGGAAAUGGGAAAGAAACAAGUAUGUUGGUGUUUCCCUUGUUGGUAAGACUUUGGCAAUUAUUGGUUUUGGAAAAGUUGGAACUGAAGUUGCUAGACGUGCAAAAGGCCUUGGGAUGCAUGUUAUCGCGCACGAUCCAUAUGCUGCUGCUGACAGGGCUCGUGCUAUUGGCGUUGAGCUUGUUAGCUUUGAUGAUGCAAUAUCUACAGCUGAUUUUAUCUCACUUCAUAUGCCGUUAACACCUUCUACCUCAAAGAUGUUGAAUGAUCAAUCUUUCGCAAAGAUGAAGAAGGGUGUGCGCAUCAUUAAUGUCGCAAGGGGUGGUGUAAUUGAUGAAGAGGCAUUAGUUAGAGCACUUGACAGUGGCAAAGUUGCUCAGGCAGCACUAGAUGUUUUCGCACAAGAGCCUCCAGCAAAAGAUAGCCCGUUAGUGCAGCAUCAGAAGGUCACCUUAACACCUCACCUUGGAGCCAGCACGAUUGAAGCUCAGGAUGGUGUAGCUAUAGAAAUUGCAGAAGCUGUUGUUGGGGCACUGAAAGGUGAACUUGCUGCUACUGCUGUCAAUGCGCCCAUGGUUCCUGCUGAGGUCUUAUCAGAGUUGGCACCUUUUGUGGUGCUGGCAGAGAAGCUUGGCAGGCUAGCUGUGCAACUGGUAGCUGGAGGAAGUGGCGUGAAGUCGGUCAAGGUUGCCUACACAUCUGCACGAGAUCCUAAUGACCUUGACACUAGAAUACUCCGAGCAAUGCUCAUAAAGGGGAUCGUGGAGCCUAUCUCCAGCACCUUUGUCAACCUUGUCAAUGCUGAUUAUACUGCCAAACAGAGGGGACUGAGGAUCAUUGAGGAACGGAUCACUCAUGAUGGAUCACCAGAGAUCCCUCUUGAAUCAAUUCAGGUGCAGAUAGAAAACGUCGAGUCCCGAUUUAACAGUGCCUUGUGUGAUUCUGGUGAAGUGAGAGUCAGGGGCAAGGUGAAGGAUGGGAAGCCUUACCUGACAUUAGUGGGGUCAUUCAGCGUGAACGUCAGCUUGGAGGGGAACCUCAUCCUGUGCAGGCAGGUGGACCAGCCUGGCAUGAUUGGCACAGUCGGAGGUAUUCUUGGAGAGGAGAAUGUCAAUGUGAACUUCAUGAGUGUUGGAAGGCUUGCGCCAAGAACACAUGCUGUCAUGGCGAUUGGAGUAGAUGAGGAGCCAGGGGAACAUGUCUUAAACAGGAUUGGGGAGGUGCCAGCCAUCGAAGAGUUUGUGUUCCUCAAACUGUAGAGGCAACAGAGGUGUGGCCAGUUACAAGCGCCAAUCGGUUGGUGCAUGUCUUUUUUUUCCAUUGAGGUGCAUCUGUUCUUUGUUUCCUGUGAAACAUUCUGGAUGCUUUUUUCCUGAAAUUAGUAGUUCGUUUCUGUCUUUUGCUUAA